CAGAACCUCACCUUCAUACGGGUGGGGACUUGAUGUCACAUUAGUGUUAGUCCAAAUUCCUCCCAUCAUUCUAAAUAUGCAGAGGACCCCUCUUUUCUGACAUUUUACUCCUGUUAGAGCAGAGAAAUUACACCAUGUCUUAUUGCACCUUAUUCCUCCUAUACUUAUUCACAAUUCUUGAAUAUUCCCAUGCACUUGAUCCAUCCAUACAAGGUAAGCGUGACCUCCUUUAUCUAUUUAUCACAUUUAUUGUACUUUUGUUAUUUACAAUUAUAUUCAAUUGCAUUUACUCUGAGAUUUAUAACACAAGUAAAAAAUGUAAGAAAAUAAUUAAUACAAGGCCAGUGCAUCAAGAGAAACAAAAAAUAUAAAUAUUAGUAAUUAUUAAGCUGGGUUUCAGUGCACUGAAAAGAGUUGGUAUAUGUGAAAUCUCUGUCUUAACUUUCUGAUUUUAUAGCGGUUAUUUCAUUUCAUUCUUCUGUAAGAAAUAGAAGCAGUGCUGUUAGUCAGAGUAAAGUUGUAUGUGAAACUGAGAGGCAAUUCCACAACUUUAUAUCUGGAACCAAAAUGUAAUUCUGAUUAAUCCACAAAUAAUCCUGUUAAACUGUUUCAGGCAUACAACCCCAAUGCAUCAAAUCUCAAUUAUUUUCAUAUACAAAUAUUUUCUCCAGAAUUGAUGGUCUGGGUUGGAUAAGCAAGUCCUAAAAUAUAAUGAAUUUUUUAAUUUUUCAUUUUGCGUAAUAGAUUAGCUAAGUGCCAUCUCAACCCACCCACCCCCAUACCCUGCAGUUCUGAAUGUUAAUAAAUUCCCAGUGACCAUCAAGUUAAAAAAAACUGUUCAGAGUGUUCAUCCAUUUGAUGGGACCCUCAUCUUUGAGAAGUAACACCUGCAAUAAAGAUAGAAUCUUGCAAUAAAAUACAUUGCUUUACUACAUUUAUCUAAACAAAAAUUAAAAAAAUAAACGCAUGAAUGAUAUAUUUAGUUAAACUAAAAUAGGUUGAUUUUGUGAUGGACCUUAAAUAACCUUGCAAACAUUACAAAAUAAAUAAAUAAACAAUAUCCCCAAAGUAUCUCAUUUACUUGUGGCAGCUGGCAUAUAUACUGCAUUAGGCACAUGCCCAUGGCAUGAACUGGCAUGGCACAAUGAUAUAUUUUAUAAGUUGAUUGAGCAAGUCCUGCACUAAAUAUUACAAUUCAUUGUUUAGAGAAUAAAUCUAUUGUCUAUUAUGCUAUAUGGAUCAUAAAUGAGUCAUUGAGAGGUUGGCUACAUACCAGUUCAGGGAUGGCUGGAGCCUUUACAUACACAUUGCUUGGCGACACGACUCACUCUUUAUAAUACUAAUGACUAAUUUUAUAUGGCACCAACAAUUUCUGCAGCCCUGUAUAAAAUUUUUACAAUGGCAUCGGACAAAAACGAUGAUUUAGGCUGAAGUAGAACAAUAUAAAGACAAUAUAAUUUUCACACUUUUAUUUCAGUAACUUCUGGAGUGUUUAUGACGACAGAAACCAAUCUGGAUUAUGUGAACGCUACAACGAUCUGCAAAAACUAUGAAAAUUCAACACUUGCCAGUAUGGAUAAAGUUCAGGUGGCAUUAAAGAAUGGGUAUGAGGCAUGCAGGUAAGUGACAGCAAAAUAGAUUGUUUCCCAAUUGCUUAUUCAAUAUAUGAGUUGUGAGGGGCUGGUAAAGGAAUUGGAUAUUUUUGUCCAAAAAAUUAAUAAAACAGAACUGGAAAAAUAAAAUUAUUUAACAAAACACCUGAAAUAACAUCAGUUGAGACGUUCUUCUAACUUUCCAGAUGUAUUCGGCAAUAUUGUCUUUAAAAACACAAAAGUUAGUCCUGACUCAAAUUCCCACAACUCUUGGACGGCAUCAGUGUCUAGAGUAUUCAGCGCCAAUGUAUAAAAAAAUAAAUAAAAAAAAGUACACUGUCACUAUCCUAAACUGUAUGUGCAUUUCAUUAACAGAUUUUUUUGGUACCACUGCAAUGGCCAUUAAAGUGCAAGCUCAUCUGCCAAUGGCAAGGCACACGUUCUAUGGGAGUCCUGCACUAACCAUUCACCUUGCUGCUUUCAGGCAAGAGGCAAAAUUCAGAUAAGGCAGUUAUGGAUAUUUUUAUGAAUCUCUGCAAACUAAUUAACCCUUAAUAGGGCACAUAUGAGCCCAGUUAUGGGUAUUUUUAUGCAUCUCUGCAAACUAAUUAAUCCUUAAUAGGGCACAUAUGAGCCUAGUUAUAGGUAUUUUUAUGAAUCUCUGUAAACUAAUUAACCCUUAAUAGGGUACAGAUGAGCACCGUAACAAGGCUUUGUAAUGCAAAAGCAAAUGACAUUGAAAAUUAGCCCCGGUUUCAAACUCCAACUACUUUUGAGCGGAAGCAAUAGCUGUAGCAUUUAUUGACCCAAACACCUGCUCACAUUUUCUUUAUGGUAGUAAAAUCAAGAAUAAGACAAGACUGAUGCUUUGUUUUUAUACUAUAUAUCCGCCUGUUGCAGGAGCAUGCUAAGACAGGUACAAAGGCUUUUUAUCCUGUAAGGUGGCUGAAAGCUGAAUGUAUGGCUGGCCACAUGAUGGUCUGUUCUGAGACAUGUGCGAAUGCUUUCACAGGCGGGAGGCACAUGCUUGGCAAACGCACCCUGUCUCCUACCUGUCAGACACACAAUUACUAUAAAUAAAUAGAUGGGGUUUCUAGUGCUUGCUCAAGGUCUGUGUGCAGUUCAGACUUUCCAAACCAGAGUCUUUUCCUUCUGGCCAUAGGUAGAUAUAGAAAGGGAAUGCAGGGAGGCAGCACCUUCACAAGUGUCCUCAGCUCAAAUAAACGAUUUAAAACAAGAGGACAAAUAAAACGGAAUAUGGUGUAUUAUUUUUGAUACUGAUGAUUAUAAAUAAAAGAAAGGAAAUGCACUCACAAUCUUCUGGAGUUUAAAAUCAGCUCCAGAUAUAUGUGAUCGGACGGUAAAAUCCCAUCUGUAGAUAUGAUGAUCUUGGAAAUGCACUCACAAUCUUCUGGAGUUUGAAAUCAGCUCCAGAUAUAUGUGAUCGGACGGUAAAAUCCCAUCUGUAGAUAUGCUGAUCUUGGAAAUGCACUCACAAUCUUCUGGAGUUUAAAAUCAGCUCCAGAUAUAUGUGACCGGACGGUACAAUCCCCGUCUGUUGAUAUGCUACAUGGUCAGCAUAUCCACAGACGGAGACUGUACCAUCCAAGCGCAUAUAUCUGGAGCUGAUUUCAAACUCCAGAACAUUAUGAGUGCAUUUCCUUUCUUUUAUUUAUAAUCACCAGUAUCAAAAAUACUACACCAUAUUCCGUUUUAUUGGUCAUCUUGUUUUGCAUAUUGCUCCAUCUUUAUUUGAGUUGAGGACACUUGUGAAGGCACUGAUUCCCUGCAUUCCUUUUCUACACAACUACAAAGGAUCAUGUCCCACUGACCGCACCGUGGUCUUAUGCCAGGUUUAGGGUCUGCUUUUGUUUUUAUAUUUGAGCAGAGAUUAGUAUUGUUGGUGGCACACAUUUCUUGCAGUACUAUCUAGAUCACCAGGUAUAGAUGGGUUCUUAGUGGAGAUAAUUAUCGGGGACAAGUGUGCCUCUUGUGACUCCCUGCUUUUAUGCCAGCGGGUGCAGUGGUCAGUGACUGGCAAAUUAGAUAACACUAAUGCAGACAUUAUCUCUCAACAUCUAAUGUCACCAGAACCAGUCCAGCUGUGUUCUCCUCCCGUCCAUAAGGUUGACUGAGCAUGAUAGGGGUGCAGUCCUGUGGGGAUAUUUAUGGGAUAAUAAUAGUAACAGUGAGAAUUGCCCACUAAUUCAAUUCUCAGAUCCCAAAGAACGUUUAUCGUGUUAAGUGAAAAGUAUUUCAUAUAAAUAAUCACAAUGUAUAAAAAUAGAUUUUAUUUAUGAUAACCAAUAAUUAACAAAUAAUAUUAUGUAACAUGCAUAACAAUAAUCAAUGAAUAUCCAGUACAAAAUUAUAUGCAAUACAAAGAAAUGGGUAUUACGUUUCAAUGGCUAACUAGCAUUUUCUGUCAAGAAUUCUGACGAUUUAUGAGGUAUCCUUAACACAGACUUAAGUGAAACUUUUCACAGCGAAGAACAGAAUUCCUCAGAGUGCAGCGUAAGGUCGUAAAGUUUAGCAGACAGUUAGAAUAACCCUUUCAAUGCUGGCUAGAUCUCCUAGGUAGUUAAGAUCUAUUCUGAUGUCAUUUUAAAUAAAAUAACAUUUAAUCCAGUUCAUUAGUCAUUUCCUUAAACUAUCCAAUAAGAGAAUCUAACAUUAUAUAAGCAGAUUUUUAAUUUGUCUAAAAGAUAUCUAUCUUAAUUUAGAGCAAAUCAAUACACCUGGAUAAAAACAGCGGUAUGCUAACACGUGAUAAUAUCACAUCAAUAUAUAAUUAUUCUUAAUUCCACCUGCAGAAUGGAAUGUUUAUAACUAUAUAUUCUUAGUUAACUAAGAUUUCUUAAUAUGGAAAUCUGACCGUGCUUUAUCCAGUCAUAUAUAAUGCUAUUAAUACAUUUUAAUUAAUUUAAUUUAAUUAAAUGAAACCAGUAUAAUUACCAGUUGAGUAGAUAUUUCAUCCGAUUGGUAGAUAGUCUCAGGAACUUAUUUGGAUGUCUCUCUGCAUGGAGGUGUUGGUGAAAGUCAGUAAAUUCUAAGUGUUAGAGUUUUAGGAGUAGAGUGUUAGUCUCAGAUGUUGUCCGAGUUGGAGUCCCCAAACUUCCAAUUCCUCUCUCCUCUCCUUUGCAUAUGUCCUGCAUCUGCCUCUCUCGUCUCUCUAUCUUCCCUUUGUCUUAACUUUUAAAGGGCCAUACUCUCUGUACGUCAUCAGUUGAUAACCCAAUAGAAGCACUAGAGGUGUGGUUAUCUUCCAGAUCGCAAAUUAGUUAUUUGGUCUAUAGAGGGCAGUCUUGUCCCACUAAACAUACCUAUCCAGGAAAGAGUUAACUUUUCCUGGUGACUAUUUUGACGUCAUUUUGCGUUAUCUUUAUAGUGCCAUAAUUUAAAAUUUCAAAGGAUUUCUUAAAUUUUGUCCAGACUUAGCGUCUGCAAUUCCUGCCAUAAUUUCUGAUAUGACAGAUCAUGAACUAAGUUUACCCUUUUCCAUACAAUGGUACCUUAUAUAUAUAGACAGUUAAAUAUUAAAUUAUUUAAUCUUCUCUGUCACAAUUGUCUGGGUUUAGAUUUGAUUAUAUUCUUCUUAUCACUUGUUUAUACUAUGCAUUCCUUAGCUCUGGCAAAGAGGCCAGUCUUACAGAAAGAAAUCCUGUGUCUCUUUGUCUUUGUUAACUUGGAAUAACAAAAUGGAGUCUGGUCUGUUCAGAGUGACUCAGAAUAUACACUUUUAGUUUCUAUCAUAGCACAAAAUGUCUGCCGAUAUAAAUACUCUGACAGUCCUUGGCUGUUAUACUUUACAUGUUUAAACCUUCCCAUUUUCUAGGUGGGGCUGGAUACAGGAAGAGAAUCUUGUGAUGCUUCGUAUCACAAUGUCUCCAAACUGUUCCAACAACAGCCUGGGUCUUAUCACUAAGAACUGUGUAGCUCGGAAAUCAGAAUAUACAUAUUGCAUCAAGAAUGGUAAGUUUGUCAAAUUAUGUUAGUCUUGUUUGUAUUUCUGUGCCAUAUUUUGUGUAUUUGCACUGCUUAUACAACUAAUAUGUUGGUGUUUAUUCAUAGAGAUUUGCAAAAAAGUAAUGAUGGUCCAGGCACUCAAGCUCAAUCCAGUGGGCAGAUUUAUUGGAGCAGAAUCAAAACAAUGUUUCGGCCCACAACAGGGCCUUUGUCAAGUUUUGUCAAGCUGAAUUGAACUUGAGUGCCUGGACCAUCAUCACUUUUUUGCAAAUCACAUUGUGAGGAUUGGCCAACCUCGGGCCCGGUGCACCCUGGGAUCCAGGAGAGUGCGGUAUCCAUAGUGGUAAUUAUAUUUAUGCCUUGAGAGUCACUAGUUCCCCUUUAUUGUUUUGUUAGCUGGUUUCUGUCAGUCACAGCAUACAUUUUAUAUAAAUAUCUCUCAUGAGUAAAUAGAGAGAAAAGUCAGUCUUAUAUUUCGAAAAACUGGCUUCAACAAAAAAAUAUUUUAUUGUCACCUAUUCCUUUAGGGCUCAUUAACUGAGCCAGGGACUGUGAAGAAGUGACCUGCGUAUUGUAAUUUAGUGACACAUUUUGCAUCAAUUUAAAGAAGUAAGGUUCUCCAAACUGUGGCCCUCCAGAUGUUGCUGAACUACAAAUCCCAUGAUUCAUUAAAUGAAAUAGACAAACAGAGCAUACAGUCUUCCUGUAGUUAGACCAGCGUCUCACCACUGCGAUCUCUGUUAGGCAAUCUCCGGUAUUCACAAUGCUUGUUACUCAGCCUUACGUGUUUCGUGACUCUCAGGGUCACUUCAUCAGAGGAUACACAAAUACACAGUAUCUGUAAACGUUUGAUCAUUUAGUUUAUAUACAGAAACAUAAUUUAUUUUCUGAUAUAAAAAGUUAACUAUGCAACAAAAUAAAAUCAUUCAGGCCAUAAUUCAAAGGAAAUUAGCUCAAUAGGGGACUCACAUAUAUAUGUGUGUGUGUGUGUGUGUGUGUGUGUGUGUAUGCACUGUAAAUAUAUAUAUGUGUAUAUAUAUACUGUAUAUAUGUGUGUGUAUAUAUAUAUUUAUAUAUACUGUAAAUAAAAUGCUUAAAGCAAUAGAAGUCCUAUUGAUUGUUAAAACUAGGACAGUACGUAUUCUGCAUUGUGCAGGAAAAUUAAAUCAAAUAUGCAGAAUCUGUGAACAUUUAAACAUUUAGAAGGGCAUUUCAACAAGUUAGCAGAGUUUAUAAACAGAAAACAUAAUUUACUUUCUGGUAUAAAGGGUUAACUGUAUAGCAAAAGAAAAAAAUAAUUCAAAAAGUUAAUAAUUCAAGCCAUAAAUCAAUCAAUCCAGGAAAUUACAGUUGAAAAAUAGUUUUCUUAUCAAGAUUUAGAUCAAAUAAGCACUGUACUUAUUCAGCUCUGUUCAAAGAACAGUUCAACAAAUAUGCAGUAUCUAAACUUUUUACAGUAUCUAAACUUUACACAAGUUAACACAGCUCUAUAAACAGAAAGAUACUUUACUGAUAUAAAGGUGAACUGUGCAACAAGUGAAAGUAACUCAAGAACAAAUUCAAAGUAAAUCAGCUUAAUAAAGGACUCCUAUAUAUAUAUAUAAAACUGCAAAUAAAAUGCCUAAAGCAAUAGAAGCCCCUGUUAUUUGUGGAAACUAGGACAUAGUGUAAUACUAAAAUUAUAAAAAUGGGGAAAUAAUUCAAUUCACAGUACCAAUCAUUAAAAAAAAAAGUAAUAAAGGGGGGGGGGGAGGGAAGGGAGAGGAGUCUGACUGCCGAGCAAGCUGGAUGCAUCUUGGGUCAGCUCUGGGAAUACCCUACUGAAUUAAUCUGUUAUAACCGAAAAACGCUGUCCCUCUACAAAUAGUAACACGCUAUAUGAUCCGGUGAACUUCUGUGACCACAAUUAGCUGUACAGGAGAGGGUGGUCAACAGCUCCAAUAUGGGACGGGAUUGUAGCCUACGGGCGACUGGGGAGAGGAGAAAAAGCCGCUCGCCUUGUUCCGCGGUCGAUGAUGUGGACCCAUCAUGCUGCCAUCUCCCCUCCCCCCUUGGACCGGUGGGGGUUAUCCUGGUCCCCACUAAAGCGCUGAUCCGCUCACCCAAGCUGGAGAUGGCGGUUCCCGCUGAGCUGACUCCUGGUUACAAGAGCACUAAGAUGGCAGCCGGCAGGAAGCGACCAGCUCCCAAACAUUCAUGAUGUGGGCCUCACAAGAGAAGCGGAGAAAUAAGGCCUUUGACCAUAUAUGGUCGCAACUCUGGUCUUGAGUCCAUCAACGUAAGGCGAAACCUGCAGCAGCUGAAAACCAGCCUGACCAUAUACACAGCAAUACCAAGCCGCGACCUGCCAGGCGCAACACUGACGCGGCCCUGAUAUCCCUGGAAGCGAAGGUAAACACCUCGGAAGCCACUUGGAUGCAGCCACCUCUGUUCUGCUGCAGAUCACUACCCGCCCGGGCCAAGAUCCAAAUGAGACAAUCUCCGGCACACAACUCACACUCACGGAAGGCCCUUAACCCCUUUAAGGACACAACUUCUGGAAUAAAUGGGAAUCAUGACGGAAUAUUUCCGUCAUGUGUCCUUAAGGGGUUAAUCACUUCCAGAAGAAGCAGCCUGUCAGAAGGCCCUGACGCCAAGUCCUGACCGCAACACGAGACGGGCCAUGUAAGUCUAGUGCACUGGACUUUAUUACAGCCCGGGGCAGGAGGGGUAAGAAGAUGCGGGACCUGAGCCCUUAUUUUUGUCGAUGCAGUGCAAUCUGUGAGAGGGACAUAGGCUGAAUAAUGUGAUAUCCUGCAUGUAUAUCCCCAGUAACAGCAUCUCUUGACAUGAGGGCAGUUAUUUAUCUUUAGUUUAAAGCAACCAGCGCCAGGUGGUACUUUACACUAGCUAGUUAAUCAUGAUGGUACAACUUGUUUAACUGUUCAAUAUUAGCAUGUAAUUCACCAUCCAAUAUCAGUUAUGAUAGUCAGUAUUAGCAUGUAACCCAACAAUCAUUAUCCGUUAUGAUUGUCAAUAUUAGCAUGUAACCCAACAUUCAUUAUCCGUUAUGAUCGUCAAUAUUAGCAUGUAACCCAACAUUCAUUAUCCGUUAUGAUAGUCAAUAUUAGCAUGUAACCCAACAUUUAUUAUCAGUUAUGAUAGUCAGUAUUAGCAUGUAACCCAACAUUCAUUAUCAGUUAUGAUAGUCAAUAUUAGCAUGUAACCCAACAUUCAUUAUCCGUUAUGAUAGUCAAUAUUAGCAUGUAACCCAACAUUCAUUAUCCGUUAUGAUAGUCAAUAUUAGCAUGUAACCCAACAUUCAUUAUCCGUUAUGAUAGUCAAUAUUAGCAUGUAACCCAACAUUCAUUAUCGUUACAAUCGUCAAUAUUAGCAUGUAACCCAACAUUCAUUAUCAGUUAUGAUAGUCAGUAUUAGCAUGUAACCCAACAUUCAUUAUCCGUUAUGAUAGUCAAUAUUAGCAUGUAACCCAACAUUCAUUAUUCGUUAUGAUAGUCAAUAUUAGCAUGUAACCCAACAUUCAUUAUCCGUUACGAUAGUCAGUAUUAGCAUGUAACCCAACAUUCAUUAUCCGUUACGAUAGUCAAUAUUAGCAUGUAACCCAACAUUCAUUAUCCGUUAUGAUAGUCAGUAUUAGCAUGUAACCCAACAUUCAUUAUCAGUUAUGAUAGUCAAUAUUAGCAUGUAACCCAACAUUCAUUAUCCGUUAUGAUAGUCAAUAUUAGCAUGUAACCCAACAUUCAUUAUCCGUUAUGAUAGUCAAUAUUAGCAUGUAACCCAACAUUCAUUAUCCGUUAUGAUAGUCAGUAUUAGCAUGUAACCCAACAUUCAUUAUCAGUUACGAUCGUCAAUAUUAGCAUGUAACCCAACAUUCAUUAUCCGUUAUGAUAGUCAGUAUUAGCAUGUAACCCAACAUUCAUUAUUCGUUAUGAUAGUCAGUAUUAGCAUGUAACCCAACAUUCAUUAUCCGUUAUGAUAGUCAAUAUUAGCAUGUAACCCAACAUUCAUAAUCCGUUAUGAUAGUCAGUAUUAGCAUGUAACCCAACAUUCAUUAUCCGUUAUGAUAGUCAGUAUUAGCAUGUAACCCAACAUUCAUUAUCCGUUAUGAUAGUCAAUAUUAGCAUGUAACCCAACAUUCAUUAUCAGUUAUGAUAGUCAAUAUUCGCAUGUAACCCAACAUUCAUUAUCCGUUAUGAUAGUCAAUAUUAGCAUGUAACCCAACAUUCAUUAUCCGUUAUGAUAGUCAGUAUUAGCAUGUAACCCAACAUUCAUUAUCCGUUAUGAUCGUCAAUAUUAGCAUGUAAUUCACCAUUCAUUAUCCGUUACGAUAGUCAAUAUUAGCAUGUAACCCAACAUUCAUUAUCCGUUAUGAUCGUCAAUAUUAGCAUGUAACCCAACAUUCAUUAUCCGUUACGAUAGUCAAUAUUAGCAUGUAACCCAACAUUCAUUAUCCGUUAUGAUUGUCAAUAUUAGCAUGUAAUUCACCAUUCAAUAUCAUUAUCCGUUACGAUAGUCAAUAUUAGUAUGUAACCCAACAUUCAUUAUCCGUUACGAUAGUCAAUAUUAGCAUGUAACCCAACAUUCAUUAUCCGUUAUGAUAGUCAAUAUUAGCAUGUAACCCAACAUUCAUUAUCCGUUACGAUAGUCAAUAUUAGCAUGUAACUCAACAUUCAUUAUCAGUUAGGAUAGUCAAUAUUAGCAUGUAACCCAACAUUCAUUAUCCGUUACGAUAGUCAAUAUUAGCAUGUAACCCAACAUUCAUUAUCAGUUAUGAUAGUCAGUAUUAGCAUGUAACCCAACAUUCAUUAUCCGUUAUGAUAGUCAAUAUUAGCAUGUAACCCAACAUUCAUUAUCCGUUACGAUAGUCAAUAUUAGCAUGUAACCCAACAUUCAUUUUCGUUAUGAUAGUCAGUAUUAGCAUGUAACCCAACAUUCAUUAUCCGUUAUGAUAGUCAAUAUUAGCAUGUAACCCAACAUUCAUUAUCCGUUACGAUAGUCAAUAUUAGCAUGUAACCCAACAUUCAUUAUCCGUUAUGAUAGUCAAUAUUAGCAUGUAACCCAACAUUCAUUAUCCGUUACGAUAGUCAAUAUUAGCAUGUAACUCAACAUUCAUUAUCCGUUAAGAUAGUCAGUAUUAGCAUGUAACCCAACAUUCAUUAUCCGUUAUGAUAGUCAGUAUUAGCAUGUAACCCAACAUUCACUAUCAGUUACGAUCGUCAAUAUUAGCAUGUAACUCAACAUUCAUUAUCAGUUAUGAUAGUCAAUAUUAGCAUGUAACCCAACAUUCAUUAUCAGUUACGAUAGUCAAUAUUAGCAUGUAACCCAACAUUCAUUAUCCGUUAUCAUAGUCAGUAUUAGCAUGUAACCCAACAUUCAUUAUCCGUUACGAUAGUCAAUAUUAGCAUGUAACCCAACAUUCAUUAUCCGUUACGAUCGUCAAUAUUAGCAUGUAACUCAACAUUCAUUAUCAGUUAUGAAAGUCAAUAUUAGCAUGUAACCCAACAUUCAUUAUCAGUUACGAUAGUCAAUAUUAGCAUGUAACCCAACAUUCAUUAUCCGUUAUCAUAGUCAGUAUUAGCAUGUAACCCAACAUUCAUUAUCCGUUACGAUAGUCAAUAUUAGCAUGUAACCCAACAUUCAUUAUCCGUUAUGAUAGUCAAUAUUAGCAUGUAACCCAACAUUCAUUAUCCGUUAGGAUCGUCAAUAUUAGCAUGUAACCCAACAUUCAUUAUCCGUUAUGAUCGUCAAUAUUAGCAUGUAACCCAACAUUCAUUAUCCAUUAUGAUAGUCAAUAUUCGCAUGUAACCCAACAUUCAUUAUCAGUUACGAUCGUCAAUAUUAGCAUGUAACCCAACAUUCAUUAUCCGUUAUCAUAGUCAGUAUUAGCAUGUAACCCAACAUUCAUUAUCCGUUAUGAUAGUCAAUAUUAGCAUGUAACCCAACAUUCAUUAUCCGUUAUGAUAGUCAAUAUUAGCAUGUAACCCAACAUUCAUUAUCCGUUAUGAUCGUCAAUAUUAGCAUGUAACCCAACAUUCAUUAUCCGUUACGAUCGUCAAUAUUAGCAUGUAACUCAACAUUCAUUAUCCGUUACGAUAGUCAGUAUUAGCAUGUAACCCAACAUUCAUUAUCCGUUAUGAUAGUCAAUAUUAGCAUGUAACUCAACAUUCAUUAUCAGUUACGAUAGUCAAUAUUAGCAUGUAACCCAACAUUCAUUAUCCGUUAUGAUAGUCAAUAUUAGUAUGUAACCCAACAUUCAUUAUCCGUUACGAUAGUCAAUAUUAGCAUGAUUAACGAUAUUAGCAUGUAAUCCCCAACAUUCUGAUAGUCAGUAUUAGCAUGUACCCAACUUGAUAGUCUGAUAGUCAAUAUUAGCAUGUAACAUUCAUUAUCCGUUCAUAUCCGUUAUGAUAGUCAGUAGCAUGUAACCCAACAUUCAUUAUCCGUUGAUAGUCAAUAUUAGCAUGUAACUCAACAUUCAUUAUCAGUUAUAUGAUAGUCAAUAUUAAAUGUAACCCAACAUUCAUUAUCCGUUAUGAUAGUCAAUAUUAGUAUGUAACCCAACAUUCAUUAUCCGUUAUAGUCAAUAUUAACUCACAUUCAUAUCCGUUAUGAUGAGUAAUAUUAUGUAACCCAACAUUCAUUAUCCGUUAUGAUAGUCAAUAUUAGCAUGUAAUUAACGCAUUCAUUAUCCGUAUGAUAGUCAGUAUAUUAGCAUGUAACCAACAUUCAUUAUCCGUUAUGAUAGUCAAUAUUAGCAUGUAACUCAACAUUCAUUAUCAGUUAUGAUAGUCAAUAUUAGCAUGUAACCCAACAUUCAUUAUCCGUUACGAUAGUCAAUAUUAGCAUGUAACCCAACAUUCAUUAUCCGUUAUGAUAGUCAAUAUUAGCAUGUAACCCAACAUUCAUUAUCCGUUACGAUAGUCAAUAUUAGCAUGUAAUUCACCAUUCACUAUCAGUUAUGAUAGUCAAUAUUAGCAUGUAACCCAACAUUCAUUAUCCGUUAUGAUAGUCAAUAUUAGCAUGUAACCCAACAUUCAUUAUCCGUUAUGAUAGUCAAUAUUAGCAUGUAACCCAACAUUCAUUAUCCGUUACGAUAGUCAAUAUUAGCAUGUAACUCAACAUUCAUUAUCCGUUAUGAUAGUCAGUAUUAGCAUGUAACCCAACAUUCAUUAUCCGUUAUGAUAGUCAGUAUUAGCAUGUAACCCAACAUUCACUAUCAGUUACGAUCGUCAAUAUUAGCAUGUAACUCAACAUUCAUUAUCAGUUAUGAUAGUCAAUAUUAGCAUGUAACCCAACAUUCAUUAUCAGUUACGAUAGUCAAUAUUAGCAUGUAACCCAACAUUCAUUAUCCGUUACGAUAGUGAAUAUUAGCAUGUAACCCAACAUUCAUUAUCCGUUAUGAUAGUCAGUAUUAGCAUGUAACCCAACAUUCAUUAUCCGUUAUGAUAGUCAGUAUUAGCAUGUAACCCAACAUUCAUUAUCCGUUAUGAUAGUCAAUAUUAGCAUGUAACCCAACAUUCAUUAUCCGUUAUGAUAGUCAGUAUUAGCAUGUAACCCAACAUUCAUUAUAGUUACGAUAGUCAGUAUUAGCAUGUAACCCAACAUUCAUUAUCCGUUAUGAUAGUCAAUAUUAGCAUGUAACCCAACAUUCAUUAUCCGUUAUGAUAGUCAGUAUUAGCAUGUAACCCAACAUUCAUUAUCAGUUAUGAUAGUCAGUAUUAGCAUGUAACCCAACAUUCAUUAUCCGUUAUGAUAGUCAGGCAUGCUAAGCUCAGUUAUACCUACCCAACAGUCUGAACAAGCCUGAUUAUAUUAUGAAGCCUAUCUUUAUUAAUCUUGUUUAUUAUAUGUGCAAAUGAUAUCCACAUACCAUGUAACUGUAUGUUUUUGACAUGCGUGCAUCUCCUGCACACAAAAAAAAAGUUAUACAAAAAUCAGUCAUGCAAAAUGCAUAAAAUAUGGCUAUCCUGCAAGAAAACAAAAUCUCUUAAACUCAUGAUGAAAAUAAUGGUCAUUUGGGACUUAAAACAAUAAAAUGACUCAGUUGAGCUCACUUGACUUCGCAAUCAAAGGGACAAAAGUAUAACACGACACUUCCCGGGCAAAACACUCCCACGGAAAAACACAGACUACGACACCCUCUCCCAGGGGGGAGACACUCGGAACCCAUAGUGCACCAGAUGGGCACACCCCUCCUCCAUCUCCCAUCAUGCAACAAACACCCCCCCCAGAGCCCCCACCCCCCCACAGGAGAGGGACACACCGACAACAAGGGGGCAAUAUGGACCCCAGAACACACGGCAACACAGGAGAACCAAAACUUGAGACAAGCACACCAACAAACGGGCACACACUAGAACCACAAUAGAUGCAACGCCAAAAAGUAGCAAGAAGACACCCAGAAAAGCACCCCUACUCACUAUACCUAACCCUUCUCACCUCCCCCAACACACCUCCCCACCCUAAGCCCCACACAACAUUUGAAGGAAAUCACACCAACUCAACACAGACGCGACAAUCCCAAGGGACAUACACACAGUCUCAAGACAGAUGUACCAAAGGGAUUAAGAGGUCACACACUAACCCCCCACUCCCCCAAAUCACCGAGCCUACCCAAAUCCCCACCCCACACCGAGUAAACACUCCCAACCACAGUACAGGAGUCACACAACAACCUGUAAGCCAAGAAGAGCCUCCCCCACUUCAAAAGGGGCACAGAACAAACAGACACCCUCAACAGAGGGCAACUAUACAAGCACUAUCUUCAAAGACAAGACCGAGCAUACCAGACUCAAAAGGCUGUAUACGUACCAUAAGGCAAUACUGUGACAAAAAGCUUUAUACCCUGUUACCCUCCCCCCCACUAUUCAAUUCUGUAUCCAUUCCCACCCAAUGCAAAUGACAAACGGAUAUGAAAAUGGAAAAACAAUAAACAAAGAAUCUGUUUAAAGAGAAAUGUAUACAGCAGAUUACCCUACCUCCCACCCCUCUUAUUUCUGUACCCCACCCCGAACCCUAAACUAAUAUAACAGAAGCUAACAAGAACGCAGAAAAUGUCUAUUUAAACCUAACACGUGUUGAAACCACUGGAAAACUCUUGGCAUGUUAGCCCAAGAAGUCAGACCUCUUUACUAAACCCCUGUAUAUUAGGUGAAACUUGUACCAUCAACUCUAAUGCCCCUUUUUCUUCUUUCUGUACCCCCACCCCAUAAAAACAAAAAAACUUUCAAAAUAAAGAAUUUAUAAAAAAAAAAAACAAUAAAAUGACAUUCAACAAAUAGGUGCUAACUCCAAGGUAUUGAAUAAAAAUUAUGGAAUAACAAUUACUGCCGGAAUUAACCAUUAAUGUUACAAAAUGUGUAUUAAGAAUAGAGCAUUCAAUACGUACUAUAAAAAAACUCUUAUGAACGUAUAAUAAAAAUAUUAUAUAUCUAUCUUUAUUCUCAUAAGAAACAACGCAAUGAGAAGAUAUGUAUGCAAAAUAUAUAUAAGAAUUGGUAUAAAAAUAAUAAAAUCCAUAUGCUGGCAAAAAUUGCAAUAAAAUGUCAAACAUGAUAGAAAAACAAAAUAAUCAUUAAAACACUAACAUCAAGACACAUAUAUGUAGACCAACUAAAUAACUCAUAUUGGGACAUAAAAUGUAAAAAAAGGGGACUUUUCAUAUGCCCCACAUACAAUUUUUUGCAGGGACAUUCCAAUAACUAAAUGAGUUUUUAAUAUUAUAUUUCUCUUUACUUUGCUAUUAUAAAACUCUUCCCUUAACGGCUCCCAUUAGAAAUAUUAUUUAUAUAUUAAACAUUUUAUGAGAGUUGUAGUUUAGCAACAUCUGGCGGGCCAGAAUUUGGAGAACCCUGGUUUUACAUAUGGUUCCUGUGUGUUUUUUUCUAAUAUAGGCGUCUAUAAAAUGCAGAUUAUGUUCCUUCUCCUAACCACGACCUUUACCUUAGAUGGUUACUGGAAACCAAAAACAACGUUUAAAAGAAAACACUGCUUUUGGGUACAAUAUACCUUCCUAUCCCCCCUAGUCAAAGUUUCAAAAAAAAAGUUCUCCCCUUAGCCCAAUCAUCCUCCACUGACAUUACUCCUCCUAGCUGCUGGGAUGUAAAAGAAGGAUGGGUUGAGGAGUGGACACUAGACGUUUGUCACAAGCAUUGGUAUUAGACAGUCCAGAACUCCUAUUCUGGGCUGGCUAAUGACGCCCCAGUGACGCUGCCGGAGGUGGAGUUCCACCUUCAGCAGCAGAGUGGUUACACUAAGUACUCCAUGAACCAUAACCACUUUAAAUCACUGAAAAGAUCAUGGUGCUUAGAGUAAAAUUUGUUCAACUUGUCAGAAUUUCAUCCACCGAAAAAGAUUUGGAAAAACAAAUCAGACUAGCCAAAAAGGAGCGAAAAUGGGCCAAACAGUGUAUAUAAAUAUUAUGUAAAUAUUUGGCAGUACAACGAUCGGCACAUUUUUCCACCAUUUUACUUGAAGAAGUAACCAACAGAGUAAAAAAUAAGAGGAACAGUCAUAAAUCCAUAUUUAUAUAUAAUUAUUAAAUAUAAUAUGAGACCUGAGCCGGGGAUUUACUAAAGGUUAAGCUAGUGAGUUUCUUAUUGUCACCUUGAUUAGAUAAGUUUGGCACAUAAGUGAAACAAUUUCCAUGUGCUUACAUGUAUAUUUUAGAUUUGAGCAGAAGUUAAAGGGUGAGACAAUAUCACAAAUAUUUAUAAGAAAAUUGAGACCUGCUUAGCUUGCAUUCUGUUGCAGUAAAAAUAACUACCUUAUAGAUAUAACCGAUAACACCAACCUCAGGGAGCACAGAAACAUUUAAAUCAAAAUAUGCCGUGUCUUCCAUUCCUUAUUUUUUUAAUAUUUCUCCUUAUUUUAGGAGUGUCCAAUUUGCUGUACGACGCCUCCUUAGAAGGACCUAACUCAAACUUCACAGAAGCCACUCUCACUUGCCUUAUGAAUGGCGAUACCGUUCCCACACUGAGUGCAAUUCAGACUACAAGUAACCGCAAUAUAACAUUUAACAGGUAACAUUUAGUAUUCUAACAAAAUCUCCAAACUGCUAGCAGAAUCUUCAGUUCAGUUUUAGUCUAAAAUUUGAAAUUCCCUUUGAAUACCUGACAAUACACACUAUGUGUUUAUAAGUUCAGAACGUUAGCUGAACACGAUGUUUCAGUAAUAGCAUCAUUAACAUAAGUUUAUGUUUUUUUACUGCAUUCAUUUACAUUUUCUGCAUUGUUACACAGUAUUUAUUGAAAUUCUACACAGUAUAUAAACAAAAACGGGGCAAGCCGUGAUUGUUUAGCUUAGUUGAAGAAGAAGAAGUCCAAGUUUGGAAAGAAAUGUGUUGGAUCAAUUUUGCUUUAUUGAUUUUACUUUGUACCAAUAACAUUUAUUUGUAUCCUGGUUCUGGUCAUCCUUUGGAGUUCCUUACAAAUAAGAGGGGGUGUAUUUCUUGUUCCACUAAUCGCUGGGUUCAAUUUGACCGCCCUGAAAUACCAAGGGAGGCAUCCCAAGACACUAAUAAUCAUCUAUAUUGGUUGAUCUACAUGCUCACUUGUUUUCACAUUGGUGUCUUUUAUACACACCACAAAGUCAUUGUUGUAAGGCUACCUCUGUAUUGUGUUGGUGGUGGGACACAUUAAUAAACCUUUUCAUUAUGGGUGGUCCACGGGAUGGUGGGUUUAGCAGAGCCAAAAAUAGUUGGGUAGUGUCACGAUUCAUGACUAGCAAUUCUUAGGAAGAAAAAAAGUGCAUUAUCAGGUGCACCCUGUACAUAAUAACUUUUCUGUCUGUACCGUGACAUACUCCGUGCACAGUUUUCAUUGUUUAAUCCCUGUCUGUCACUUAUCAAACUGGUCCAAUUUUUCCUUGCAGAUAUGCUUGGUACAAUUGGGGAGUUGGGUUAAUUGCUAUCAAUGGUACAUUUCAAAACAUGCCAUGUUAUUAUGGGAGCCAAGCUGGAGCAUUCUGCUACAACCCAAACUGUAAGUAUCUUCAGAUUUACAUGGUCGUUACUAUUUGCAAAGUGCCGUCAUAUUGCACAGAUCAGUACAAUGGGUGGACAAGACAUACAAAAAAAUUCAAGGAAGCACGUUUAAUUUAA